AUGGCCGAAUCCGCCAACGACAUUGCAUCCUCUCUGAUUCAAGACUAUGGAAACUCAGAUACCGUCCGCACUGCAAUCUUUGCCGCUUUCUCGGCAGUGGCUUGGUACAAUGCCAUCGAGCUCAUCGUCCUCUGCUUCGUCUCCUUCAAACGCUGGAACGGCACCUAUUUUUGGAGUUUACUUGUCGCAUCCUCGUCCAUCGUCCCCCAUGUUCUCAGCUACGUCCUCUUGUUAUUUCAGACGGGCGUCACACCAUGGUUGUGCAUCACACUCAUCCUCAUCAGCUGGGUGGGGAUGGUAACAGGCCAAUCGAUGGUCCUUUGGUCGCGACUACAUCUGGUUCUGCAGAAUACAAAAAUUCUGUAUGGGGUACUGUGGAUGAUAUGUAUCGACGCCGUUCUGUUCCAUCUCCCUACAGCCGUGGUGCUGUACGGAUCAGUCGCGCACCCUGUUGGGCCCUGGGCGCGUGGGUAUGCGAUCAUGGAACGGAUCCAACUUGUUGGAUUCUGUAUUCAGGAGUUGAUCAUUUCCAGCAUCUACGUCUGGGAAACCGUGAAGUUGCUCCGACUACGACCGGAAGGUCGUCCACAGGGGAUCUUGAAUCAGUUACUUAUCAUUAAUAUCGUCAUUCUUCUCCUCGACAUUGCCAUUGUCGUCAUCGAAUAUGUCGGCUACUACGCUGUCCAGGUCAUGGUCAAACCAGUGGUCUACAGCAUUAAGUUGAAACUCGAGUACGCAAUUCUCGGCAAACUGGUUGCUAUUGCGCGCGGCAGCUACGACAGUCAAGAACUACCGUCAAGUACUCGUGAAAUCAACGAGGUCAGCUCGUUACCAUCCGGCGACACUUCCAACUUAGAGUCGAGACGCACCAGUCAUCGGCAAUAUAGUUCCCCUUGGUUCUGGGAGGGGAUGGCAUCGCCUCAUGCUACUUCUACUUCCUCUGGGAUGCUGCAAACUCCCUAA